GACAGACGUCAUUGGCAUGUUGCGAAAGCUUCGACCUAGUAAGAAGAACAUUCCCGAUCCUCCUGAAAACCAGGUGCGGGAUCGAACUGAUGUGAUUCCGUCGAAGCGAGCUGAAGAAUUGCUCCGUAAUUUCUACGGGCAAUCAGACUGUUCCUCAAUAGAGGCUAGCAUUGAGAAGAGGAUUGAACUUUGGGAAUUAUUCGUGCACUCGAACUGUUGAUUGAUUAGAAAAUUGAUCGGGGGAUGAUGGGAAUGUGGUGUCUGAGAAUUCUAUCGUAUGUGAGAUUGCAUACGUAGGUUGACGAAAGAUCAGAAAAGACUUUCAGGCACGUUGCCCACGUCAAAUCCAUUUUCAAGCCAAUAAGACAUAUAGUUGACUUCGAAUGCAC